AUGUUGAAUGUGAUGGCAGGAUUUAAACUGUUUGCCGAAAGUUUCGAAACGUUUUCUGCCGCGUUUCCCGAUCCAUAUAAUCAUUACCGUAUAUAUUUCUGCACUGAAUGUCAAUAUUGCAUCGGGAAAUGUGCCCCAACUGGAAAUGAUGUUUGUCCCUUGCCUGAUUGUGGAAGCAAAAGUUUCGACUUUUUCAUGACUAUUCCUAUUGAACAACAGGUAAGAGAAACGAUGCUCAAAUAUCAGAAAGAAAUUUCCGAUUAUCAAACAGUAGUUCGUUCAGAAGCUGUCAGUGAUAUAAGUCAAGGCAAAAUCAUCAAACAAAUAUCAGCGAAAGUUCCUGAAAAGCUAAUUACACUAUCAGUUAACACUGAUGGAGCUGCUGCUUAUCGCUGGAGCAUCAAUAAACCCUGCUACCCAAUAUUUCUCACGAUCAAUAACCUCCCACCACGGAUUCGAUUUGACAAAAACAAUUUGUUACUUGCUGCAAUAUGGUUAAGCAAAGGUGAGCCGAACAUACCUUUAUUCUUUAAGGAAUUUUGUAAAGAAAUCAUAGAGUUGAGUAAUGGAAUUAACAUAGGAUCUGAAGUAUAUAAAGUUGUCGUUGUUCAAAACUGUUUGGAUUCCGUGGCUAGACCAAAAUUACAAAACUCGACUCAGUUUAAUGGGAAAUUUGGUUGCUCGCUCUGUUUUCACGAAGGAAAAAUCGUUCUCGGAAAUCAAUUACGUUAUCCUUACAAAAACUCUCGAUGCAGAAAUCACUCUGAGACCAGACGUCAAAUGAUAGAAGCUCACAAGACAGGAAAGCCAAUAAAUGGAAUCAAAGGUCUCUCAGUGUUUCUAUCGAUUCCUUAUUUUGACAUAGUUGCAGGUUUCCCACCCGACUAUAUGCAUAGUGUUCUGCUCGGUGUGGUGAGGCAAAUUUGGGAGCUCUGCACAGCUUCAGCCAAUCAUGCCAAGCCGUAUUACGUUGGCCAAAAGCUGAAAGAAGUAGAAUAUCGGAUAAUAAACAUUAAAGUGCCUAGUUCUUUUUCUCGUUACCCGGGUAAAAUCGAAGAUAUGAAGAAAAACAAAGCAAGUGACUCGGAAAACAUUGAUUACUAA